AUGGAAUGUCAACUUGAAGUUGUUAAAUAUCUCAUCUCUAUUGGAGCUGAUAAAGAAGCAAAGAAUUCAACUGGACAGACUCCGCUCAUGAUUGCAUCAAUGAAAGGUCAUCUUGAAGUUGUUAAAUAUCUUAUCUCUAUUGGAGCUAAUAUAGAAUCGAUAAGCUAUUAUGGAUGGAAUUCACUUAUUUUAGCAUCAUGGAAUGGACAUAUUGAAGUUGUUAAAUAUCUUAUCUCUCUUGGAGCUAAUAAAGAAGCAAAGGAUAAAGACGGAGAAACUCCACUCAUUACGGCAUCAAAAUAUGAUAAACUUGAAGUUGUUAAAUAUCUUAUCUCUAUUGGAGCUAAUAUAAAUGCAAAGGAUACAUCUGGGCAUACUGCACUGCAUUAUGCAAAAUAUUAUGUUCGAAAAAUUUUGAUUGAGAAUGGGGCCAUUGAGAAUUAA